AGAGCAGAUGCUUUGUUAGUGAGGGAGAGGCAGAUAGCACUGUGAAAUAGAGAUUUUCCCCUCUUUUGCGAAAGUAUUAUUAUUUUUUUAAUUCUGUUUCUUACUAAAAUUACAGUACGUCACAAGUAGAAAACAUACUAUAAUUAUAACUAUUUAAAAGGCCAUCAGGGAGUUUCGAACUGCUCAUAACGCACAUUAAAGUUAGGCAGUUAUAGUUAUCUCGGCUGACAUCCGUUUUAAAUGGACUGCGUCGUCGCUUUAGCAUUUUAAAUGUCGAUUAGACGCAAGAUGAAUGAUUUUCGAGUGGAAGGUAACAUGAAGAGACGCGUUAGUGUUCAGUUUGACCGGCAGUGUGUGUGUGACAACUCACUGACACGGUUUUAAACGCAACCCGCAUUAUAAACGGCAUAUGUGUGUAAAGAAAACAUAGAUUUAAACAGCUAUUUAAUAACUUGACGUCGGGUAGCAAAAAACUCCGUAUAAAUGAAUCUGGAUGCUAGACAUUAUUGAGCAGUAACAGACUUCUUGGAGUCGUAGUUUGUCAGGUUUAGGGCAGGAUGAAGUCUAAAAUCUCUGUCUGGAAAACGAAUUGAGUGUUUUAUACGAAUAGUUUUAAUCGUAUAGGAGGAAAUAUUUCCUGUUUUUACUUUCAUUCCUUUAGCUCGAUGGUCAAGUGUGAAAACUGCCUCAAAUGUUACGCUAGAAACACAUCUGUCUUUCCAAAAGGGUAUUGCAUACAAAGUUUAUUCGCCAAAUAAAGUUUAUUUGGCAAAUAAAACAACCCACUCAGAGCACAGAUUUAGCUUUAGAUCAAGAAAUCCUCCAACACAGCUGUGGUUUCGCUAGCCGGUGUGCUAGCCUUCACCUCAGCUCUCAGAAAUGUCGAAUAUCUCCAACGAAGCUGUGAUCUUGAUUAAAGAUGUAAAGCCCGGAUCGAAAAACCUUAAUAUCGUCUUUAUAGUGUUGGAAAUCGGUCGGGUGACGAAGACAAAGGACGGGCACGAGGUGCGCUCGUGCAGAGUGGCGGAUAAGAGCGGCAGCAUCGCCAUCUCCGUGUGGGAUGAGCUGGGCAGCCUCAUCCAGCCAGGGGACAUCAUCCGCCUUACGAGAGGGUAUGCUUCAAUUUGGAAGGGGUGCCUUACACUGUACACUGGAAGAGGAGGAGACUUACAAAAAAUAGGAGAGUUCUGUAUGGUGUAUUCUGAGGUUCCUAAUUUCAGUGAGCCAAAUCCAGAGCUGCUAGCACAAGCUAACCAGCAGAACAAGACGGGUAAAGAACAGCGUGGAAAUUCUCCACCGAAUCAAAAUGCAGGUACUCCUGUGCAGACAGGAAAUGGUACUGGGCCAGUAUUUCCCAAUAACAGUACUGCACCUGUGCCUCGGGAUCCCAACUUUGGGGCUCAAGGAAGACCAAACGGACGUGUUCCAGGCAAUGGACCACCCCCAGUAACUGCAGGGGGACCCCCUGUGCCCCCCAAACCCACAGUGACCAUUAGCAAUGGCAGGGACCCAAGAAGGGCUUCAAAGAGAUGAGACUGCAAAACCACUCAUCCCUAAAAUCCUUCCACAAACCAUCCUUACAAUACAAUACAAAACAAUACUGCCAAUCUAAAGAUACGAGGUUUAUUGCUACUGUUUUGCCACCUGUGCUUUUGCUUUGUCAUUUGCCAAUAUUUGCAUAAUAUGAGUAUCACAACAGGUUAGAAUUCGACUUGUUACAGUUAAAGUUUGGCAUACUCUUUGCCCGUUAAGUGCCGGUUCAGUGGCCCACCAUUUAUUUCCUUUCCCUAAAUGUGUUGUUAAACUAUACACCGUACUUGAACACUCGAUGCACUUUCUUCUCUUAAUUUAUAGUGAAUGCAUUGUCAUGUGAUUCAGGAAUGAUUAACUGCUGUUGCAAAUUGGGGAAAGAACUUCAAAGUGACUGAUGACUAUAUGGGUUCUUCCCCCUCCUCUUUGGCCAAAAAAGGAAAAAACACAAAAAAAAAAUACCAGAAGUGACCGUGUGAAAGGAAAGGUGAUAGUUUGAUUGGACACUUAGGAUUAUUUAAUUAGGAAUAAAUGAAGAACAAAAUGUUGGGAAAUUGAUCCCUGUGGUUGUUGUAAUUGUUCUACUUAAUCUUUUCAGUGCCAUUUACAUUGAAUGAGAUUGUUACCUUUUAUAUAGUGCAAUGUGACCUCACUGAAAAAUUCUGCCUACUCUUAUACUGUAAUACCACUGUGUUUUUGUUAUAUAGACAUUUAAUGUUAUAUAUAUAAAAUGCAUAUCAAUUUA